AUGAAGUUCAUCAGUAGUCAGUCUUCGAUAAUCAAUAACGGUGCCACGGCUAUCAAAGGAUCGCAAAAUUCCAUCAUCCCCGAUGUCUAUAAGUCCAUUAGGAUCAUGUUGAAAUUGCUGCUUUCCAUGCUCAUAGUGUAUACAGAUUUGACGGCCAAGGGAUUUCAAACUUGA